UUCUUUUCCCUAAAAAAUAUGCACAAAAUAAAAGACCCAAUUAUUAAGGACCCUCACUUGCUCUGUUUUAAGAGUUAAGGCCAUCUAAGCAGUUCCAAACCCAUCAAACCAAAGUUAAAAGAAUAUGCAUUUAUAUCUCAAAGAAUAGACAGAAACACAUCUCUCCACAACAACAAAAAGAUCAUACAUAGAAAAACCCAAUUACCAUUUCCCACCAAUUUAAGCUGUGAAACAAAACCCAGCAAACCAUCAUCCUUCCUUAAAAGAAGGGAAAGAAAAAGAAAAGCAUGUCAUCAUCCAUCAUGUCUUCUUAUGGGGUCACCUUUCCUCUCAUGCUCUUCUUGCUCCUUUUCCCUAAUGUGAUCAGUUACAGUGAAACAAGUACAAAUGUAGCCCAAGCAAAUGGGUCUGCAAUCAGUAAUGAAAUGGUGCCAUUAAUGGAGCCAGAGAAGGCGGUGAAGAUGAGACUGAUGGUUAAUGAGAGCAGAAGAAGAUUGGGUAGUUUCCAGAUAUGUGCACUUUGCACUUGCUGUGGAGGUGCUAAAGGCCUUUGCUUGCCUUCUCCUUGUUGCUAUGCAAUCAAUUGCAACAUACCCAACAGGCCCUUUGGUUUCUGUUCUUUCACUCCAAAGACAUGUAAUUGCUUUGGAUGCCAUCUUUAAUUAUAGAGAUAUUUUGCCUUUUAGUUUAAUCCUGGGGGUCAAGUCAUCUUCUUAAUCCUGUUGCGAGUGUGAAUGGGAAGAAGAAUAUCUGUUCUUCAUUUGUUUGUUUAUAAUUUAUUUAUUAUUAUUAUUUUAUAAGAAUCUAAUUAGGGUUGAGAGUUGCUAUUUCCAAAGUAAAGCUUUUGCUAUUUCCAGUGGGAAUUGUGUAUAAAUUUUGAUGGAAGUAGCGAUGCCUUCGAGAUAGUGGCAAAUGCUAGGAUUAGCAUUAUAUGGUAUUUGAGGAAACAUUGUUCUUUGUUUAUUAAGCUACUGUUGCUUGUGAUAAUUUAAUUAGUUGUUUUAAGAAUA